CGCGGUGAGGGAGCCCCAGAGAUGUCUAGCAAAAAGGCUUCGAAGUCCGACUCUCGGUUCACACUUGACUCGCGCUUUGCUGGAGAGUCUGACGCCGAGUCUUCAAAUUCUGCAGGUGCUUCACUCAAUCGCCCGGACGAAGUAGCUCAUGAUGGCGCUUCAGGAUCUGAGCGCGAAGAGGAGACUCAAGCUGAUAUCCACGAAAAUCCUGAACGAGAGCAUGAGGGCCUGGGGCGAGGAAUGGCCCCCGAGGGUUUCUCGGGCCCUGACAAGAUCGUAAAACCUCUAACGCCGGAGGCAUUGGCUGCGUUCAAGGCUGCACAAGAACGAGCUGGAGUCGUAUACAUCUCGAGGAUACCUCCAGGCAUGCAGCCGAGGAAGGUGCGACACCUAAUGAGCGCUUAUGGAGAAGUAGGCAGGGUGUACUUGCAGCAAGAAGAUCCCAAGCGAGCCUACUUACGGCGAAAGUAUACUACGACGAAGAAGCCUCAUUUCACUGAAGGCUGGGUGGAGUUCAAGGACAAGAAAGUUGCUCGCGCAGUGGCGGAAAUGCUUAAUGCACGACCGAUCGGCGGGAAGAAGGGUUCGCGAUGGAGAGACGAUGUCUGGACCAUGAAAUACCUUCCUAAAUUCAAGUGGAACAUGUUGACCGAGCAAAUCGCCCACGAAGCCGCUAUUCAUACUGCGCGCCUACGGGUCGAGCUCUCACAAUCGCGGUCAGAGCAGCAUGAGUACCUCAAGAAUGUGGAGCUUGCAAGAGUUCUUGACAAAAGAGCGGAACGGAAGCGGCAGGCUGGCAAAGAUGCAGACAAUGCGCCCAAGCCUGAUCCCAAACGCAAGUCCGACGAGAGUAAGGAUGAAGAGAGGAAGUCGAAAAAGCGGAAAGUUGUUCCGACUGAUUCUCAAGCCAACGAGAAGCAGUUGGAAAGUGUUUUGGAUAGCAUUUUCUAACGAGCUCACUGUGAUCUUGUAGUAGAUUGUAGUCAAGUUGUAGCGCCUGCAUAUAAUAAUUUCAGUCCAGACUUCGC